GGGCUGUGGAAACAACUACCGAGUGUCUGUCUGCCUCACCCCGGGAGGAGAGAGUGUGGCCGAGGAACUGGGAAGAGAGACCCUAGGGACUUCUGUUCUGCCCCUGCCCCCUCCCAUUGAUAGCAGAUCUCAUCAAAGGGGACUCCUAGGGGCUUGAAUAGAAAAUUGAUUUCACCUUAUUAAUAGAAGGGAGGCCCAGGGCUUCUGGCCCUUCCUCUUAGGGGUGCAUUUGUAAGGUGGGGAGGAACGUGUGUUUGGGAUGCAGAGCGGCUUGUCUGAGAGGGGCUGAGUGGCUCUGAGAACAAUAAGGAAUGUGCUCUAAAGCCCCAAGAUGCAGGCUGCCGUUCGCAGAGAGCAGCAGGAGUUUGCUAAGGUGUCCUCGGAAAGGUCUAAGGCUGUCAGAGAUGACGCUGGUUCUGUCCAUGAAUAGAUUCUGCGAGCCCAUUGUCUCAGAAGGAGCUGCUGAAAUUGCCGGGUACCAAACGCUAUGGGAGGCUGACAGCUACCGAGGUGCGAGCCCCCCAGGGCCAACACAGCUUCCUUUGCCAGGAGACCGGGGAGCCAGCCCUCAACUGGCAGGAUCACAUUACAGGGGAAUUCCAAAUCCUGUAAGCACAUCCAAGGUCACAUACUUCAAGAGGAAGUACUCGGAAGAGGAGGAUUCUCACCCAACACUCGGCAGCUGCAGCCGUGAAACCAUCUCCGUUUUUGAGGAGCGAGCGCACGUCCUUUACAUGUCCCUGGAGAAGCUCAGGUUCAUCGACGACCCGGAGGUGUACCUGCGGAGGUCUGUCCUCAUCAACAACCUGAUGAAGAGGAUCCACGGGGAGAUCCUCAUGCAGAACAGCUGGUGCCUCCCGGCCUGCUCCCUCGGCGGCGCCUCUGCCCCAGAGUGGUUCCUGGCCCAAGACUGCCCUUACCGCAAACGGCCCCGGGUGGCCAAAGAGGAGUGGGAGAAGCUCCACACUUGCUGCUUUUACCAAGAGUGUGGCGGUCACUGCCUGAAUCUGCCCCUCUCCGUCAGUGCCGGUGUUGGAAGCACCUCGGGGGCAGCCGCUGCCUCCCCCUCGUCUGCCUCCUCCCCUUCCUCCUCCCUCUCCCCACCCGCCUCCUCCCCAUCCCCCUCCUCCUCCCCCUCCUCCUCUUCCCCUCUGCCUAGUUGCUCCCACCACGUGGACUUCGACGUAGGCGGAGCACCUGUUUACAAGAGCGACGGCCAGAUACCCGCCAAUGAGAUCUUCGUCACUGGCGUUAGGUCGCUUGGUGUCCAGGAAAGGGCCAAAUUCAGCGAUGGGAAAGUAAGUCAUGACACCAGCAGAGACGGUGACGGCAGAGAACCUCUGGGAAGUGGCCUUGAUUUCGAGUGCAAAGGCCAAUUUUAUGAUUAUUUUGAGACUGGAUAUAAUGAGAAAAACCACAUGAGUGAGUCUUGGAAAAAGUCUUUGAGGAAAAAGGAGCUUUCCCCAAGCAAUAAACUGUGCUGCAGCAAAGGGAGCAAGAUGUGACUGUCCUCCUACCGGCACCCGGCAGCACGCGCAGCAGCGCAGCAUGACCAGUUUUCAUUUCGGAUGGGUUUUGUAGUUUUUGUACAACCGAUAAAAAUCACGCAGCGGACGCGCCAUGUUGUCUCGCUGCCUGGAGAGGAGACUGCACAGAGCAUCUGUAUAGGAGGCAUCCGCAAGCCAAUUUACUAAUGUGAUUUUUGCCAAGGAAAGCCAACUUCAUGUUUGAAAGAAUAUAUCAUAGUUUUCUUUUUUCUUUCUUUUUCUUUUUAAAUGAUGGCUAGAUUAGGUUGAGGACAGCAUGCCCUUGUGAUAUUCCCACGGUCCCUCCAAGGAGCCCGCCGCUUAGCCAAGUUCAACAUGUUUGCCAUUUUAAUUAGGUGGUUAUUUGGUUAGCAAAUCAGUAUGACCGGCGUGUUCAGUAUGAUACAGUAUUUCUUUCUGGAGGCGGAAGGAUAGGGGGAGAUGGCUUUGUGAGUUGUGACGCGUCUGUCCUGGACAGGGUCAGACAAAACGAAACACACCGGGUGGGUCCGCGUUGUGGGAGUUGUGGAGACUGCGCCCCGAGAGCCCCUGGCUUGUCUGGGAUGGGUAAUGGAUGACACUAGGGAGGGGGUGUGCGUGGGGCGUCUUUGAUGGGGUGAGUGGGGAGGGGGG